AUGGAAGAAAUGAAGAAGACUGGUGUCCGGAUGCCCAAAAGCAGGCAAAAACCAAUAAAGACGGAGUGGAAUCCCCGGUGUGUCCUUUUCACCUACUUCCAAGGGGACAUCAGUAGCGUGGUGGAUGAACACUUCUCCAGAGCUCUGAGUAACCUCAAGAGGCCCCAGGAAUUGAGUUCCUCAAGCCACAGUGAAAAUGUGCUCCUCAAGAAUGAUAGCAGCAUGCCCCCGAAUCAGUGGCGUCUCGCUUCUUGGACAAAGCCACAGCCAAAAGCAUCUCCUGCAAAUGGAGCCAGUAGCAGCAGCAUGGAUGGAUAUGGUCCUAAGGCUAUGGAUCAGCACUCACUGUCCAUGCCCAAGCUCCCCUCCGCACAUCCUCAGGAGCUGUGGCAAUUCUCCUCCCUAGCGAGGCCAGACUUCCUAGAGCCUGCCUACUUCUGUGUCUUUCCUGACAGGCAUUUGGCUUCAGAGGUCUACCCUGAUGGGACACGUGGGUCCCUUCAACAUUUAGUCCAACAGGAUAGAAACCAAAACCAUCCUCUGGAACCUGCUGCCAGGGAAAACUGCAGCCCUGCCAAGAGAGCUGGAAGCACAGGAUUGCUCAUGAACCUGCCUCCCAACUCAGGCCACUGUAAGGAAAUGCUUAGAGACACUUGCAAGGUUACUAUGAUUGACAGUGACUUGGCAUGA